AUGGGACGACUCGGAUUCAGCACCACGGAGAGCGCCCGGCUGCUGCUGCUCGGUGUGCUGGUGCUGUCCGUGGUGCUGGCGGAGCAGGAGGGGGAGAACCUGUCCGGUCUGUCCACCAACCCAGACAAAGCCAUCUUUGCGGUCCGGGAGAACGGCACGACCUGCUUGAUGGUGGAGUUUGCCGUGAGAUUCCUCGUCCCAUAUGACGUGCUUGCACUCAAUGGGAUAGACCUGAUCACCGAGCAGGCUGCGUUCACUCUGCCCCGUGGUGCAGAAAUCGAGGGUAAAUGUGGGAACACAGAGUCAGAGAUCCACAUCACCUGGAAGAACAACGCCUACACACUCCGCAUCUACUUCUCCAAGGAGUUCCGUGACAAGGGCGUUGAGGUGUGGAAGAUUAGUAAGGUUCAGUUCGUCUAUGACACCUCGGAGACAUCACAUUUCAUCAACGCGUACAACCCUGGGAAGCACACAGCCAACACCCACCACCUGUCGGCCCUGGUGACCCCCGCCGGGCUCUCCUAUGUGUGCACGGCGCAGCAGACGCUCACGCUCAUCUCAAGCGACCACCAGAAGGGCGUCACCAUCUCCAUGUACGACACCCAGAUCCAGCCCUUCGACAUCGCCUCUGACUUCAUAUUCAGCGAACCCUACAAGUGCAUCACUGACCAGCGGGAGCGCCUGGAGGAGACCCUCCCCAUCAUUCUGGGCUUCAUUUUGGCCCUCAUUAUCGUCAUCACACUCGUCGUCUACCACUUCCACCUGAAGCUGACGGCGACCCAGCCCCAGCUGCCCAGAGAUCGCUCCAUGUACAAGAACAUGUAG